GAUGACAGAACAACCAUUUUCCUCAUAUAUACCACCGUUUCUUUCUAAUAUAAGUUGUCGACAUAGAACGCACCUUGCUCCAAUACGACUGCAAAUCCACGGUUGGAAGUAUGAUAGUUGGGCGGAAGGAGAGUGGAAGGUAGUCUAUACAAACAAUGAAGGGGGAUGGAGUUCAAGAAAGCUCAGAAACCGUUUGAAAUAUGGAUUGUCUCAAUUGGAGUUAGGUCAUUCGCGCUUUGUUGCCUUCCGGGUUUUGUUAUCAAAUAUUCUGGAAUUUUUGUUGUUUCCUGCUCGAGCAUUCCAAAGAAUAGGUUACGGAGCUUUUAGAGGACUGUGCAACUCCAACAGAGUCUUGAGAGAAGCUAUAGCAGGAGCUGCUGCAGAAGCUACCGCAGAAAUAGUGCUAUACCCUUUAGACACUUUGAAGGUGCGAAUCCAGUCAUAUUCGAGACAGCCCUUGGAGUUUGCACAGUGGCAUGUGUUCUCUUCUGCAACUGGCCGACAUCUUGGGUCUCGUGGAUUUUCACGUUUGAUCAGCAGGAACUAUAUCGGGGACUUGUACAAGGGAAUUGGGCAAUCUGUUAUAGCUGUUUUACCCACUGCAGCAAUUUUUGCCAUCGUAUAUCAUAAUUUAAAAAGAAGUCUUCUUGGAAUAUUUCCAACUCGCUGUCAUCAGACACUGCGCCCCAUAACAAGUCUGGUAGCUGGAGCAAUAGGAACCACGCUUGCAUCUCUUAUGGAAGCUCCAACUGAACUUGUGAAGAGCAGGCUCCAAACAGGUAUGUAUCGUUCCGUUGGAGAAGCUUUUCGAACUAUUUUGGUAUCAGAAAAUGGAGUUCGUGGACUGUAUCAGGGUGCCCGCAGUAACUUGCUUCGGAAUUUACCUUUUGAUGCUUUGGAAUUUGCAUCAUUUGAAACACUGAAAGACUUAUACUUAAGAAUGAAGAAAAAGAAACGUUUAGAGAAUGAAGAAAUGUGGAUGUUAGGUGCUUUUGCCGGAGGUCUAGUUGGAGCAUUGACAACUCCUUUCGAUGUCGUAUACACGAGACUAGUGACGCAACCUUCUACAUACUUUAGUGUGAGUCAAACUCUGAAACUGAUAUACCAACAAGAAGGUGUGAAAGGCUUAUUUCGGGGAAUAUUACCCAAAGUUGCUUGGGAAGCUGCCAAUUCGGGAGUAUUCUUUUUGGUUUUUGAUGGUUUGAUGCAAAGUUUUGACACUGUUAAGAGUCAACCUGUAGAGAAUCCCGGAUAGUUUAUGUAGAAAUGGUUGUUGGAAGAGGCAGAUAGAAACACAAUAAUAUUCUAAGCGGAAGAUAUAUUUCCUGAAA